CGAGAUCAGAGAACCCCGCUCUUGUUUUCCCUUGCGGCGCGCAGCGAGAAGGCUGCAUGUGAGGAGGUGCAGGCGGAGGGAAGCGCUGCGUUGCGAAAAUCCCUCCGACACCUGGAGAGGACUUGGUCGCGUUCCCUCCCACUCUUUUAGCUCUGCUUUGCUUCCUCGAUUUGUCUUUCGUUACCUAAGAACUCCAGCCAAACAGUCGGAUCUCCCGUGUGCACCUGUCUGUCCUGCUGCUGCUGCUUUUGGAGAUGCCUUUUUCUUCGUUCUUUAUGGGAUCGGUGCAAAGGCAGGUGGUUGGUGGGGAAGGCACGCCAAGGGCAGCACCUUCCUGCUGUGUCCAUCAUCGCUCCAGACCGUUGCUUUGGACUUGCAGUCUUGGCUGGGCUGAAACUUGCAGAUGGGUUUCAUUUUUGUAGGAGGGACAGGUGAUGCGUUUGUGUUGCCUUCAGAAGUACAGUAUCUGAAGAAAGAGAGCUCUUGCCAUUUUUCAACGUUUUCCUUUUUAACCAUUUUUCUGGGUAUUCAGGCAGCUGUCCACCUCCUGUGGAAUUCUGGUCUGUGCAUACUGCGUGUUGCGUAAAUCUCUUUAUAUGAUCGAACUUCACGUGGUGCCACAAGGAACCACCUGCCCGCAUUUAUACUGUCACUGCAUGCAGGUCAGUGCUGCUGAGUGUCUCCCUGUUCCACCAGAGCUGCAGAGAAGCGGCAUCUCACCCAGCUCACAUCAAGACUGCUCCUCUGUUGGCGUGCAGUUAAGCUUCUCUCAAGGGAACUUUUAUUGCUGAGAAGUAUAGAGAAUCAGCUUAGUUCCUCAGCGUGCAGCUGAACCCAGGAGGAACAAAACUGCUUGUUUCACCUUUCCCUAACUGCUUUUGUGCAGCUUGCCUUGAAGGGAUCUAAUUACGCUGGUCUAUUAGAGCGGCAUCGCAUUCAUACAAAAAAUGUGGAGCAUGUUGUGGACAGUUUACGGAGUGAGAAGAUAGAAGUCCGUCUUGUUAAACGUCGAGAAUAUAAUGAAGAGACAGUUCGAUGGGCAGAUGCUGUUAUAUCUGCAGGAGGUGAUGGUACAAUGCUGUUAGCAGCCAGUAAGGUCUUUGAUAAAUUUAAACCAGUUAUUGGAGUAAAUACUGAUCCUGAAAGAUCGGAAGGUCACCUGUGCUUGCCUGUGAGGUAUACACACUCAUUUCCUGAAGCACUACAGAAGCUUUAUCGUGGUGAGUUCAGGUGGCAGUGGCGACAAAGAAUCCGACUGUACCUGGAAGGAACUGGUAUUAACCCUGUCCCUGUAGAUUUACAUGAACAGCAGCUGAGUCAAGAACAACACAGCAGAGCUCAUAUAAAUGAAAGAUUCCAGGAUCAAAGAUCUGAUGUUUCUGGUCCACAUCUUUUACCAGUAAGAGCACUCAAUGAAGUCUUCAUUGGGGAAUCUCUUUCAUCCAGGGAGAACUUUAAGUCCUGCAAACCCAGUUUUAAAUUCUCGCUUCAUAGGGCCUCCUAUUAUGAGAUAUCAGUUGAUGAUGGUCCUUGGGAAAAGCAGAAGAGUUCAGGGCUCAAUGUGUGCACAGGAACAGGAUCAAAAGCAUGGUCCUAUAAUAUUAACAAGGUAGCAAAUCAAGCUGUUGAAGAGAUUCUUAAUAUCGCUAAAAAGCAUGGAAGUUUGAAUAUGCCACUGAACACAGAACUAGUACAAAAAGUAACAAAUGAUUACAAUGAAUCCCUGCUUUAUAGUCCAGAAGAACCAAAGAUGUUUUUCAGCAUCCGAGAACCUAUUGUAAACAGAGUUUUCUCUAGCAGUCGGCAGCGUGGCUUCUCUUCAAAAGUCUGUGUCCGUUCUCGUUGUUGGGAUGCAUGUAUGGUUAUAGAUGGAGGAACAUCAUUUGAGUUCAAUGAUGGCGCAAUAGCUUCAAUACUGAUUGAUACGGAGGAUGCACUGUGCACUGUUCUGUUCGAAGAAUGAAAGGACCCUAGUGUCUUCUGCUGAAGCAAUUCUGGAUCCAGAGAGAGAACUCCUGGAGAAGGACAGCACAUCAUAAUGCUGCAUUAAGUUGGAAGUUGGCUUUUUUUUGGUUGUAAGAGAAAUUGGAGAAAAACUGAGGUGCUUUUCAUUCCUUGGGUUGGGGAUAUCUUGGAAGCCUAUUUAUGCUCUUUUUGCAUCUGGUGUAUAAGAAAUGUAUCUGAAGUCUUACCUCUAAGUUCAGUGAAGAUUGACAUUUUUUAACCUGUAUGGCAAAUGUGAAAGAAUAUCUUUUUGAACCAGAGGUAGAUGGGUUUAAAUACUAAGUCAGUAGCACUCAAUAUUGAGAUGUACAGUUUUUUAAUAAGUGUGGAACUGGUUAAAAAAAAUAAAUAUCUUCAUACAUCCACUUUUGUAGAAAAUCUGACUGUCAAAAUCUAGAGAUUUGAUGCAAGGAUAUAUAGAUUUUGGUAACUGCUAGUAGAAGUAAUAGAAACACAAAUCUUUUGUAUGCUUUUCAGAAAUUUUACAACUUUGUAGUUUCAUAUGAUUCAUGACAAAUUUCUUGGCUCAUCCAGUUUUUUUUUCUACUUUGUAGAUUUGUAUCAAAAGUGAAAGCCUGGUUUAAUUUCCAGCUCUUUCAUAUUUUCAGUGAGGUAGCUCCUUCCUUUGCUCUUUGAGUAGAGGGAGACUUGAAACUUAAGGCUUUUAUUGAGCCCUUUGCUAUGAAUAUGAAACUACAGAAAAUGUGCUUAAGACAGUUCCUCACUGAAUGGAGUACAUGGCUUGCAGAUGUCCACUCACAGUGUGUGCAGUUAUCAUAAAGAAAGAUACGGACCUUAAGUUGAAUGAUUUGAAGUUUUAGGUUCUGAGUUUCUUUACAACUGCAGAAUAAUGGAAUGCGCUCAGCUGAGUCCUACUAUGUAGGCUGCUGUGAAAGGAAUGCUUCCUGCUUCUUUCUGUGGAAACAACAAUGGUAUAAGGAGCACAGUAACACUUCUUGAUCGAGCAAAUUCUCAGCUACAAAAUACUGUUUCUCAACAGUCACCACUACUGAUCAGCAGUGAAUGCAGGCUUGCUCAUAAAACUGCACCACAGCAUGAUGACCCACUGUUGCAGCCACUGCUAAAACAUACCACUCACCAUGUUGUGCUCACAUCCACUGUUUGUUCUCCUUGAACAUUCAGGAAGUGUCACUGAAUGUCAGUGGGUGCCACUUUUUGCACAUGAAGGAGUUCAGUUGCAAACCUUUGGUUCAUCUGCACUUCCAUGUCAGGUGCCAUUUUGUCAGACUGCCCCUCUGCUGCCAUCUGUCAUGUGGCAACAACACGUAAUGGAAUAUUGGUGGGAAGGUUCCUCCUAUACUGCCAUACCAUCAACAUCUGCUUGUGACAUAACAGGCCAAUGUAAUAAAAGAGGAGACAUUACUUUUGGAGCAGCCCUUGUAGUUAGAGUGCAAAUAAUACUUAUAUGUUACCCUGUUAAUUUCCCCACAAAAUUUAUGCUGAAUUCUAACUGAUACUGAAUUGACAACAAAUAUAGUUUUAUGUGCCUCUGAUUAUGUAUGCUAUAAAAAACUGGUUGUAGAAGAGGAAGUGACUUUGUAGAUACUGUUUUAGAGAAACUGUGAACUUUGCCUUUGAAAAUCUGUGCUGAUUAAUGCAUAGAUCAGAGGGCAGAAUUUGACAAAAUGAAGAUUUCUACAGCAGGAACUCUUCUGACACAUGACUUGAAAAAAAGUUUUUUUCCUGUCUACUAGGAAAAAUGUAUUUCCAAAAGUGAGUUUUUUCAAACUACUUUUGAAUGAAGAGACUUCUGUAAUAGAUGUUCUCAGUUUUAAUGGGGAUGUUCUCCAGUGUGGCCAAUCGAUGUAUUUAUUGCCAAUCACAAAAUAUAAACUUUUAUAGCUGUAGGAAGUGUAUGAAGGAUUUUUCCUUUACACUAUGUUAGUUUUUGUAUUCAGUUAGAAACAGAAUUUAGAAAUGGGUUUCAGUUCUAAGAAAAACCUGGUAUCUAUGGAACUUGUUAAAAAUAAGCUAUCACUGUGUUGUGCACAUUUCACCUUUAAGUGUGCUGUAGACCAAUUUAUUCACCUGAUCUUGAGUUAUCUGGACUAUAGAGCAGAAGAGGAAAAGCAAAACAGCCAAAUAUUCUUUCAGAACUCUAUAAAGAGCAAAGCUCUUAAUAUCUAAAGUAGUUGUCAGAAUUUAUCUAAAUGUAAAGAUGCAAGACUUUAAAACAUUGGCCACACAGAAUAAGGUUACUCAUGAUCCCUUCAUAGCCAGUUAUAGAUGGCCCUAUGUGCCUUUUGUCCAGGAUACUCAUCCACUUGCUGUUAAGAUUCAAAAAGCAAUGCCAGUAACAUUAAUUUAUGAUUUCCUAGGACUUUACCAACAACUGUGAGAUUAAAAUCUUAUUUAGUUACUCAGUUUAGCUGCAUAAGUAAAAUUUUCUGGCAAGGAACCUAUAUGCUACUUAUUCAGAGACAUUUGUGCUGUAAUGUUUUAAAGAUUAGCCUGAGUCGGUUGUGUUCCUGAUAAAAGUACUCUUACUCUGAAUGUUGAGACUAAAACACAAUGUUUUCAAGUCCUGUGUACCCAAAGUAUAAUCUGAUUUAGGGUUUACAUUUUGCUGUUAAGUUCCUGACUGUUACUUAGCAAACCGUAAACCUGACCUACUCAUGAGUGGCCUCUACUGGUUUUGUCUGUAUUUUAAUUGCACUUCUGUUAUAGCAUUUACUGGUGAAUGCUUGAUUUAAAUAACAAGGAUGGGUUAGAGAUCUAUAAUAGAUAAUCAGUAAGCAGCUACCUUUUCUAUUAAAGAAUUGUAAAAUCCUUUGUUAUAAAGGAAAGCAGUAGAGACAACUUACCUUGUAGACAAUGUUCUGUGACAGGGCUGAGUAUUGGUGUAACACUGAUUUAUUUGGCCUGGACUGGCACUGAACUCUUCUACCUGCUGAAUCAAAUAAAAUCCAUGGUGUCAUCUUUUAGUGCCAGUCCACACUUGUGUUCUGCUAAACUAAACAGGUUGUCUUUGCUUUUUUUAAUUUCUACAUUAUGUAAUAAAAUUAAAAGUUUAAUAGAUGCUUGAAGUUGUCCCAGGCCUGAUUUCAACUUAAAUAUAUAUAUAUAAUGCAUAUGUGAUGUGUGUGUUUAUUGUGCUCACCUUCCUUUAUUUACUAAGCAUGACAUUAUGAUACCCUGUCAUCUGAAUCACAGUUGGUAAGACACUGAUUGCACAAGUUUCUGCUUUUUCAGUCAUGCAAAAAUGGUGGUGGCAAAUCAUUAGUACAAUAUAGCGAUUCCUUAGCUUUUUAUUAAAUGCAAAACAAGUUUUAUGGGGUUACAUUAUACAGAGAGAGAAGAAUUACAAAUAGAUACACCUUUCAUCUUGAAGUAAACUUUUAAAGUAAUUUAAGGCAUGAAAACUAAAACUGCAAACAAGCAAUUUUCCACACUACUUUGCUGUGUACUUAUUACUAAGCUUUUUAUCUUUGGACUGACUUUGGAAGACACUAUGCCUAUGCAACAGCCUAUUUACCACAACAAUGGUAUAUCCCCUACUGUUGCUCACUGCUUGCAAGUUUUGUGCUAAGACGAUAAUAACGCUUACCCUUAUCCCUGGAACAUGCCUACCCCACAGCAGGACUGGGAGUGGACUGAGCCACAUCUCUUCCCCAAGAGGUGGGGGGCUCAUUACUUGUCCCUAGUCUUAGUUUGGUUGUUUUUUUGUUGUUUUUUUUUUUUUGGUUAGUUAUUUAGCUUCUCCUGUGACAAUGUUAGCUUUUCCUAUUAGUGUUAAAAGAUACAGGAAGUUAAAUGAUACUAGAAACUUAAGCUAAAAGAGAAAUGGAUCUCUCUUAAUAGCACCAAAGGAAUUGCUCUCAAAAUCCCUACAGUGCAGCCCCAGUUUUUGUUGCUGCUGUGAGUUCUGGAACCAAGAUACUCACUCCUGCACCUUUUUUUUCAAUAUACUAAAUGCAGCUGAAAGACCCUAUGAAAGAAGUUUUGAGAUUUCAUCCCUAAUUUAAGUUCGCUUAAGCAAGGAAAAGCAACAUGAAGUCUUGAAGAAAAACUUCACAGCAGCUCAUUUGUAUUGCUUCUUGUUUGUACAGUAUUGAGCUCUUAAGUGCUUUCCUCCGUUCCAAUACUCCUUUACUGUUUCCAUGUUCAGUGAAUUCAGACUCACUCUCCCAAACAGGGUAGCUUCACAUCUUAGUAUACAUAUCACUCAGUUAAUUUUAAUGAUUUUGAUAGCAUUAUUUGAUUUCUGUAAACUUCAGACCAGCAGAAAACUAAGCCAUCUAGUACCUCCACUGAUUUUUCCAGGAGUUGCAGAGCUGGAAGAUUUAAUCGAAAGCACUUUUACAAUGCCUAAGAACAAUCAUAGCUGCAUCAAAACCUGCAGCAGUUAAUAAAGGCUGUAACAGUUCCAUUACAGUGAUUGUUUCACAAUAUUUUUUUUUUUGAAGUAGCUCUCCUAAAACAAAAAGUUUCUACAAUUGCUUACAGAUCAUCAGAUUUCUAAAGGCUUUUUUUUUUU